AUGAUUACAAAAAUCGAAACAUCAGCACUUUCGACAGCAUGCACGGCACCAAAUUCAUUAAUCAUGAAUCCUACGUCAAUGUUGGUAGAGAUGAAAAACUUCAUUCCUUCUUCAUAUACUUUUGAAACAGAAAUACAAAGAAUAAAGCAAGAACUUUUAACAAGUAAUUUAGACUGUAGUGCGAAAGAUGAAACAAAUGGAGAGGAGCUAUAUGAAAUGCAAGAUAUCAUAGACCAUUUGCCUAAAUUACCGGAAGUUCAACAAGAAAAACUAACUAUUCCUGAAUUCGAUGAAAUUGAAGUUAAAGUUACUGAUUCAGUAGAAAUAAAGAAGUUCAUACGUAAAGUAAAUUAUGAAUUCCUUGGUUUUCAUUGCAACCAUAAAGUUAUGGACAAAGAUUGCGACAUGGUAUAUAAGAACAUCUCUGACAUAUAUAAAUCUGAGGAGUUUAAGACUUACGAUAACUUUGUUUCAUUAGCUGCUGAAUGUGUGUGGCAGAUAAGAGAUAAAGACAGAAGAGGCAAA